GCAGAAGUGAUGUCAUGGAUAUUUGGUAACCAAACACCCUUGAGAUCAUAUUAUUCACAGAAGUAAUACUAAACCCAGGCAGCAACCGGAAUAGUUACACUUUACAUAAACCACUCAGACAGAUAUGACAUUGAGAAUGGAAAUAAUCGAACAGAGACACACUGAGCAACAACUGUCUUCUUCUUGCGAGAUGAUGCUGCCAAAACUUGUCACUUCAAACUGUGACUGAAACCUUAAAAUGUCUAAGGAGUUUGUUUCAGCGCAUGCAUGCUGAUGAAGUGUUUCUUGUGCAUUUGUUGAGUGGAGUGGGAGUGAGACAAAAGCACCCAGCUGAGCUCGACGGUACUAUACGGUAUUUCAAAAUCCAAAUUAUGUCUCCAUUCCACUGCUACAGGGUUGAGAAUCUGCCCCCAGCUUACUUGACAACCAGAUACUGACGAAGGCGAGUGGGCAUGGAUACUGGUCUUUGUUUAUUUGCCAUUUAAUGCGAGGUCUUCAACUUUAACAAGGCUGAAGACUGGCAUGUAAAUGUCACCCCAACUUUAGUCCAGUUUAUGGCUCGUCCUCCAUCCUGUUAGUCCCACGCACACACAACUGUGGGAAGGAAAGUUUUAGUGCUUGUUAACUUCGCCCUUGACAUUGAAUCUGAAUGCCUAACUUUGAGCAUGUUGUUCAGUCUUCUCCUAAAGUAGGUGAAGGUGUUUAACCCUGUACUACUGUGCUGAGGAGUCCCUAGAUUGUGAUUGGGAUGUUGUUUUGGCACAGGCAGCAUUUUGUCAGCGAAGAAGCAUAAGGGGUUUGCAGUGCUGGUGGAGAUGGAUAGCUUUCAGUGUCUAAAGACACUCAAGAGGGUAACAACAAAUGAUUAGUGGUAAAUGCUACCCUUCAAAAAAACAAAAAAACUACGCAUCACAAAGGCAUAUUCAUUUCCCUUGUCUUGUGCCUUUCCUCGUCAGAUGGUUAGGUAACAGCUUGUACAUCUUCCUUCCGAGAUGCUGCCCUUGCAGACUGAAGGCAGGAGCAGCCUCUCUCCCCGUAUGUGCGCUAAAUGUCACCCAGACAGCGUUAAUCCCCUUCUCAACACCAGCGAUCAGUUUCUAUUUCUGUCAACAACAGAACAUUCAUUAGAUCGCAGGGAUUUCAAUCAAAUCUCAGAUUAGCUGAUAAUGUCUAAAGCCAUCCUAAAUCUCCCCACAACUCUUUGUAAAUGCUGCUGUCAAGGAACAGAGAAUGUAAUGUAGACAGAGUACAUCAACAAAUAGUAACAAUAUCUCUAUAAAUACUCUCUAGACCUAGAAGCCCACUAAGGGCAGAGGUUAGCAGUAGCUUGUGAUGUCAUCAUGACAUCAGACUGCCAUCUGGAGAUCUAAAGACCAACCACAUACAGUAUACAUAAACUGCUAAAAUAUGCUGUUUUUCCUUGAAAUAGGCUGUAGUAAGGGUAUUGCUGGAUUUACUCAUAUAUUCCAAGUAGAAGUCUCACACCACAAACUGGUCAGUUUAUUCUUAAACUUUAGUGUUUGUGUUGGUGUAACAAAAACAAAACAUGCUGUCACUCCUGGAAAUAUAACAUUUUGGACAUUCCGGUCCAAAGGACUCAAGUACGUCUGGAACAUGACGUGUUUCCUAACAAAUCCAUUUUGAAUUCUGACCAUGCACAGCAUUGAUUUGGUUUUGGGGGGGAAAAAUUUGGUUUGUAGACGCUCAAAAUAGGGUAGCAUCAACUGAGCUGGCAUCCCAGGAUGCCUCCCCUCAGGAAUACAAUGUAAAACUCUAGACAUGAGGGUAAAUAUUAAAACAACAAAAUGCAAAGUGGAUGAUAAACUAGUAACAGAAAGAUAUGCAUUUGAUUCAGAAUACCAGUGUAGUGUUUUAUUUGCCACAGAAGAGGGUAUUGAGUCUGCACCGAAUAGCUUACGGCAAUUACUUCCACUGUGAUGAUCAUUGGCAAAUAUGUGCUCACUGCAGAAUAUCAUAACAUGCCUUUUAAACAGGGAAUGGAAUGGAUUUAGAUGAGGAGAGAGGGAGGCUCACGAGUUGUGGUGAGAGGAUUAGCCGCUCGCGAAAGGAAAAAAAAAGAGGAAGUUCUCGCUCAGCAAUAGCAUUGUUCACUUUUGGUAUUUACCUUGGGAUAUUCCGAGCUCUGGGUGGAUGAAACAAAGAUUAGAACAGAGGAAGCGUCCUUUUUUUCUUCUUCUACGGGGAAGGCUUAAGCCCCAGAAUCGCUAUCAUACUCCAGAUAGUGUUGUUCUAUCGCCCCUGCUAACCCCAUCAGUGGCUGGGCCCGCUGAGAGAGAUACACCGCACAAGGGGGAGGUGUGUCGGCCGGGCCCGGUCUGAGCCGGACCGGUUCCAGAGUGAGCGGUACCGGGCCGGCGUGGUGUCUGUUUGGGGAGGCUUUGUCAGACAUUCGAGACCAAGGUGCCAAGCCUGUCAUGGUCUACAUACACGGAGGAUCGUACAUGGAGGGGACGGGGAAUAUGAUUGACGGCAGCGUGCUGGCGAGCUACGGGAACGUCAUUGUGAUCACGCUCAACUUCCGAAUCGGAGUACUGGGCUUCCUGAGCACAGGUGACCAGGCCGCCAAGGGGAACUAUGGGCUGCUGGACCAGAUCCAAGGCCUGCGCUGGAUCAGCGAGAACAUCGGCUACUUUGGGGGCGAUCCGAAGCGCAUCACCGUGUUUGGAUCGGGCAUCGGUGCCUCCUGCGUUAGCCUGCUCACCCUGUCCCAUCACUCAGAAGGCCUUUUCCAGAGGGCCAUCAUCCAAAGCGGCUCCGCCCUGUCGAGCUGGGCCGUCAACUACCAGCCUGUCAAGUACACGCGCAUGCUGGCUGAGAAGGUGGGCUGCAAUGUGCUGGACACCAUGGACAUGGUCGACUGCCUGAGGAAGAAGAGUGCCCGCGAGCUGGUGGAGCAGGACAUCCAGCCGGCACGCUACCACGUGGCCUUCGGCCCGGUGAUCGAUGGCGACGUCAUCCCCGACGAUCCGGAGAUCCUGAUGGAGCAAGGCGAGUUCCUCAACUACGACAUCAUGCUGGGCGUCAACCAGGGCGAGGGGCUGCGCUUCGUGGAGAACGUGGUGGACUCCGAGGACGGCGUGUCGGGAAACGACUUUGACUUCUCCGUCUCGGACUUCGUGGACAGCCUGUACGGCUACCCCGAGGGCAAGGACACGCUGCGGGAGACCAUCAAGUUCAUGUACACCGACUGGGCCGACCGCGACAACCCCGAGACGCGCCGCAAGACGCUGGUGGCACUCUUCACCGACCACCAGUGGGUGGAGCCGUCGGUGGUGACGGCCGACCUGCACGCCCGCUACGGCUCGCCCACCUACUUCUACGCCUUCUACCACCACUGCCAGAGCCUGAUGAAGCCCGCCUGGUCGGACGCGGCGCACGGGGAUGAGGUGCCCUACGUCUUUGGCAUCCCCAUGAUCGGCCCCACAGACCUAUUCCCGUGCAACUUCUCCAAGAACGACAUCAUGCUCAGCGCCGUGGUCAUGACCUACUGGACCAACUUUGCCAAGACUGGGGAUCCCAACAAGCCAGUGCCCCAGGACACCAAGUUCAUCCACACCAAGGCCAACCGCUUCGAGGAGGUGGCCUGGUCCAAGUACAACCCCCAGGACCAGCUGUACCUGCACAUCGGCCUGAAGCCGCGCGUGCGCGACCACUACCGCGCCACCAAGGUGGCCUUCUGGAAGCACCUGGUGCCGCACCUGUACAACCUGCACGACAUGUUCCACUACACGUCCACCACCACCAAGGUGCCGCCGCCCGAGACCACCCAGAACUCCCUGUCCACCAAGCGGCCCAACGGCAACAAGGCGUGGCCGUUCAACACCAAGCGGCCGCCCAUGUCGCCGGCGUACAACAGCGAGAGCGGCAACGAGCCGUGGAACAGCGAGGAGGGAGGGGUGCCCCUGGUGGUGGAGAACCCGCGCGACUACUCCACCGAGCUGAGCGUCACCAUCGCCGUGGGCGCCUCGCUGCUCUUCCUCAACGUGCUGGCCUUCGCCGCGCUCUACUACCGCAAGGACAAGCGCCGGCAGGACUCGCAGCUCCAGCAGCCCAGCCCGGCGCAGCAGCGGCAGGCCAACGCCAACGACAUCGGACUCCACGCGCCCGAGGAGGAGAUCAUGUCGCUGCAGAUGAACCAGACGCACCACGAGUGCGAUGUGGGGCCCCCGGGGGGCAUGGGGAUGGGGGGCGGAGGCGGGGUCGGGGUCGGGGUCGGCGUGGGCGACCCGCUGCGCUUGGCCUCGCUGCCCGACUACACGCUGACGCUGCGCCGCUCUCCCGACGACAUCCCGCUCAUGACGCCCAACACCAUCACCAUGAUCCCCAACUCGCUGGUGGGCAUGCCCAACAUGCACCCCUACAACACCUUCACGGCCGGGUUCAACUCCACCGGCCUGCCCCACUCACACUCCACCACCCGCGUAUAGCUUUAAGGAGCAGAGCACGAGCCCACGGAGGGGGAGGGGGGAGGGGAGGGGUGCGGAAGGAGAGGAGUGGUUGGGUGGGCGGGGGGAAGGGGGGGACUCUGGUUUUAUAAGCAUCAUGGAAGCAGGAGAAGGGCAAUUUAAAGAGGAAUAAAGUGUUUUAAAUAGACUUUUACUGAGGGGGGAGUCACAGAAGCUCUUUCUGGAUGUCACGUUGUGCAGACCUGCCAAAACAGAACUGCUUUCUCCCUGCCCUUGUGGAAGGGUCGGGCCUUUCAGCAGUAUUUUUUUCUAAGAAUCAUUUUAAAAAGAAGCCUUUUUAAGCAGACUGGGGAGAUAUCAACAUUUUUUUCUUGAAUAAAUAACAAAAAAAAGAAAAGAAAAGUGCUUUUUAUUUCCCAUUUUAGUCUCUUGUGGGAAACUGUUAUCAUAAACUAUGGCCUCUAAGAUAUCUGCAUAAUAUUUGUGUUGCUUGAGUUAAUUUUGUUUCACUGCCUUACAGAGAGCUUGUUUUUUCUCAAUUUCUAUUUUUCCCUGAAGGAACAAGUGGUGUGUUGUUCUGAAUGAUUGGAUUGACAACAGGAGGAAAGACAGAUGUAGAAAAUGCAUAUAGGAUUGAAUCAGCAUCAAGCAACUCAUUUUUUAGUUGCCUACCCUGGAAACAACGAUACAACAUACAUUUUGUUAUCUUUUUAAAGUCCAGGAGUA